AUAAAUACGAUGGAAUAGUCAAAUUGUUUUCGGAAAAUGAGGAUAACAAAAAGACCGAUAAGGGUAGCCGAAAUAUGGAUAAAAAUACCAAUGAAGAUAAUUAUCAAAAUAUAGAUAAAUACUUUCUUGUUAUUUUAAAUGGCUAUGGGAUUCAUAAACAUCACUUUAAACACCUAAAUAAACCUACUGGUAAAAUUCAAAGUUUUUAUUAUCCAAAGCGAAUACGUAAAACCUUAAAAUAUAACGAAUUUUCGGCAAAACUUAAUCUGAAAUAUAUUCUAAGAUGUUUAAAUAAACAUUAUUUUUUGGUAGAUACUACAAAUGAAGGAGCACAAUAUAUGGAGCUAUAUAAUUUAAAAACGAACCAGUUAGUAAAUACCUUUAAGAGGCGAAAUUUAAACAGCUUAAAAAAUGACAUACUAGAUAUUUCUGAUAAUUUUGCAAUAUCAAACAACAACAAAUUGUUAGCGUAUAAAUCUGGAAAGCAGGUCAAAUUAUACUUGACUGAAUGUGGACUUGAGAUUGCUUCUAUAAAUGUUGAAACUGACAAAUCUUUUUAUGACUAUUUCAUGCAUUUCUUUAACAAUGAUGAAAGAUUAUUAAUAUAUCAGUCAAAAAAUAAUGGACUAUUUGGGAUAUUUUCAGUUCAGUCCAAAAGUCAAUUAAACUCGAAAAUCAACUUGCGCUUGAUCUUAAAAUUUCAGAUUAUACGUAUUCAGAACGAAAAAAGUGACGAACAAGAUUUGAAGACACUAUCGUUAGAAAAAAACUCUGCAGAUAUUGACAAUAAUAAGUUUUUUAUUUUUAAUCUUGAUAAUCAAAAGUUAGAUUUAGAUAGAAAUUAUUAUAUAAUUGAGCCUUGGGCACGGCGGCUUGAGAAAGAAGGUCCACGGUAUUCAGUUUAUCUUGACAAUGAAAAGGAAGUUCUACUUUUGAUCGGAAGUGAUACAAUUCAGGUUUGGCAUGAUCGAGCUAAAGAUAAAAAUGAUCAAGCUAAAAAAAGAACACUUGAAUUCAUUAAAGCUUGUCGCACACUUAAAUUUUUGAAUGAUAAUGUUGAUAAUUAUUUUUCGUUAUCCGAUGAAAAUCGCUAUUCAAAAUUUCAAAAGAUAAUUAAACAAACACGAAAUAUUAUUGUAAGAUUUAUUCAAUUAUAUCCGGUUACUUGGCGUUUAUUAGAUAUUCGCUAUGAUUUAUUGAGUAUUCUCAAUAAAGCGGAAGAAUAUCAACUUAUAAAAUAUGUAUUAUUCGAAGAAAAAACAGAUAUCGUUUAUUCUAAAAAACGCAUUCUUAAAACUCUUGAUUAUUUAGUAUCUAAAUUAGAAAAUAUUGGAAAAAAUGAAGAUUCGCAUGAUAUAAAGCCAGAUCAGGAUAUUUUAUUACAUGAGAAAUCACUUCGUAUGCCCCAAAAAUCUUCAUGGGAAGAUAAAGAAAAAGCAAAAAAUUCUCUUAAUAAGGCCCUUUCAG